AUGAAGGUUUUUGCAAGAAGGGGUCAUUAUAUUCGUUUAUACUUUGUGUACGGUGUAGUCCUUUACCUUAUUCUACUUAUUUUUGAUUACUGGCUUGUUAAGACUCAAUUGCCUACUUCGCCCAACACAAGAGUAGCUUAUCUUCAAACACCAAUUGAAGAUAUCCGCAUUGUCGAAUGUGGGUUUUUCUCUCCCUUUUGCAGACCUGUACUUCUAUUCUGGCGAUGGGAUCGCUCUAGCAAAAAUUUAUAUAAGUCAUGGCUACCUUGGAAACGGGCAUAUGUUUUUGUAAAAAGGCCUGUCAGAUAUAUCUCUGGUGUUACAAUGACUAUUGAGGAUUUGGUCAUUGAUCGCCAGAACAUGAAAAGGAAUAAACACGGCCUCCGUAUUCGGCAGGGUCCAAACGGUGACAUAUGUGAUGUUGAAGGCUUACUUGGCUCAGAUGUUGCUGAAGUACGAAAAGGAUGGAGUCCAGUACCAUCGGACUUCCUUCUCUUGGGUCGUCCAAUUUUGUUGACCCAACGUUACUGCUCAUAUCCCCUUCCUUCAACCAUAGAUAGCCUUAAGAAGGAAACACCAGCAUUCGUAGAAGUACCAGUAAAUGAACAAAAGAACAAGUUGAAGAUCUUGCAAUUAUCGGACUUACACUAUUCUACAGAACUCGCCAAAUGCCGAGAUUCCUAUCCUCCAGAACGUCCUUCAAACUGUAUGGCAGACGCGACUACUAAUGCGUUUGUUAUCGAAUUAAUCAAACGGGAAUCGCCAGACUUGGUCCUUUUUACGGGUGAUCUAAUAAAUGGUGACACGGUGGAAGAUUCAAAAACGUCUUUAAUGAAAGCACUAGCGCCCGUGGUAGAUUACGAAAUACCCUUCGCAGUUGCUUACGGAAAUCAUGACAGUCUAGGAGAUUUAGCUAACGAUGGAUUGGCUCAGAUUGUUAACCAGGUUCCUGGCAAUAUCGGUUUAGUGGGAAAUAUUUCUGGCGUUGGAAAUUUCGUUCUGCGAAAUCCAGGAAAGUUUUCGAUCUAUGUUUUAGAUUCACAUGCAGGAACUUCGAAUGGCCGAGCAUGUCCUAUGUAUGAUGCGAUUAAGAAAGACCAACUUGUUUGGUUGAAGUCAAGAAAGAUGGAAUUUGAAAACGAUCCUAUCCAAAUGGUCUUCUUUCAUAUACCGUUAAGAGAGUUUUGUGAAGUAGACGAUAUGGUCGGAUCUUAUCGAGAAAAGUGUUCUUCUUCCUAUUGUGAUCCUGGAACAGCAAAAACACUGAGCGAAUUAAGAAUCCCUUUGGCCGUAGCUGGUCACGAUCAUGUGAAUGAUUUUUGUGGAAUGCACAAGACACAUCAAGUAAGAUUCUGUAUGGCAGGAGGCUCUGGGUUCGGUGGCUAUGGUGGACAUGGCGGAUACAUUCGACGUGCCAGAAUAUGGGAAUUAAAUCCUUCUGAACGCACCAUCCGUACUUGGAAGAGACUUGAAUGGCCUCCGGAAGAUAGAUCGAAGAUAUUUGAUGAUCAAACCUUUAAUGUCUAG